GAAGUGACUAAAAUGUGCACGUGCAUAACAUUAUAAAAAAUACUUUCAGAUAAAAUAUAUUUUUUAUGAAAAUUAUAUUUAUUUAUCUGUCAUAUACAUUACAUUGCAUACAGUAGCUCGACAGAAACAGACAUAUCGGUAAGAACGAGAGAGAACGAGCGCUACAUUGCCAAUGGCGCCCGAUAUCACGGAAUGUUCGUUUGGUUAGGUUGGUAUUACUACGUUAGUUCACCAUCGCGACCGCAACGCAGCGUUGGCGUCGUGCAACACCUUUCAUUGUAUUGACUAUUGACUGAUUCUGAACACAGAGAAUAAUGUAUAAAGUUAAUUUUACGUUUUAUUGUCUUAGUUCUUGUUGAAAUAUAUUGUAUUAUGUCGUAGUUUAAGUGUAAUAAUGCCUCCGUUUACGUGAAUGUAAAAUAAGCUAGCCUGUCGAGUGCUACGCGGCCAUUUUACUUGCAAUGCGGCAACGGUGUUCGGUCCGCCAUUGGAAACGGCCUGUGUCUUUUUCCGAGUGUAAGAUUUGUAUGUUGUCGAAUAUCACGGCAUAAACCCAACGGAUAACCAUGUGUGGUCAAAGUGUAGUGCGGACUUUAGUGUAGUGAAGCACGGUGGUCGGGUGAUUCGAAUAAUGUGUGAACGAUGGAAAACGAAGUGAAGCAGCGCAAUCAAAGAAAUAGGCGAAGGGAGCGGGCACAGCGCAUGCAAGCACAGCGAGAGAGCAAAGUUAAGGAUGGGGACAGCGGGGAGGACGAGUCUCCGGCGAGAGAAAAGCCGCCUCGUCCUCCAGCCAGGCGGAAGAAGUCCCGGGAGCCCCUUGGAGAGGAGGACAUCAUCGAUGGUUUCGCCAUAAUGGCAUUUCGCACCUACGAAGAUCUCGAGACUGCUGUUAAAUGUGCUUCUUCACCUCGCACCAAUGCCCUGUCAACGAAGCCAAGGCUCCCGCUGGCUGCGUUGGCCGCAGACCCUGCUCGAAAUCACCCACCAAACAAUGUCAACUCUCAUGGUAUUACGCUGCUUCAGGACGCCGGUACGUCCGAUGACAGUGGACGGGCUUCAGAACGACUCACGGGCAGUUCAGUCGCACCUCGCGACCCUGACUCCUCGCGAGAUCGACUUAGUGACGCCAGUAGCCGCUGUAGUUCCGGAAAAGGCUAUAUCUGUGAUAGUGAAGGCGACGACGAUAAGGCGAGUCCCGAAAAUAGUAGAAAUGCUUCACCAAGAUAUCACGAUGCAACAAUGGAAGAUGCAUCGGACGCUGGCUCUCUGUUCCGGGUGACAGGUGCGGGUGGCGGCGGGGGUAAAAACGAGCUGGUUGCGCGGGGCGGCAGCGGUGGAGCGCUCGCACUGUCUAGGGCGCCCGUCGGUGGCAGCGCCAGCCCCGCGCCCGCGCCGCUGCCGCAGCCUGCGCCCUCGCCAGCACCUGCCGCCCUGCCACCUCCCGCGCUACCGCCACCUCCCUUCCGUGCUGAUACACCGCACCGACCCAACGGCGCCCACAUACCAACGCUCGACGGACAUGCUGCAACACAGAUACCGGCCCGACCGGUCGGCGCCGCCGGGCCUGACACGCCGGAGCGACCCGCCAGCAAUAACAACAAAUUGCAACCGGGCGCGCGUGCCGCGGCCGACAGCCCGACGCCCGCUCCCCCGGCGCCGCCCGCGCCUUCCCCGCUGUUCCCCUCACACACCGCCUAUCAGUCUCACGCGGCGGCCGCACUGCCUGACUACCGCCACACCAACCACGAGACGCGGACCGAGCCAGCCGAGCCGCCACCGGCGCCGCUGGACUUGCACGCACACCACGCGCCGCGCCCGCCCGCCGCGCUGCCCGCCACCACGCAGGCGUCCCUUCCUAGUCUCACGAGCCGCGUGCCGCACUCACAGCCUCAUCCCGUUAUGCCCGGACACGAUGUCCGGAACGUCCCGCCCUCCGCUCCUGCUCAUCCAUCCGUUCCUACCUCGUUCCCGAACCGAGUCAAUGGAGUGCCACCGAGCGCGCCGCCACACUCGAGCGCGCCGGCGAUCCCGAGCUGUCUUCCGAGUCAAACGGGAGCGCGUCCCCCCUCUCCAGCCGCGCCGACGUCACGCCCCUAUCCUACCCCGUCUAUCGGAUCUAGUCAUGUAAACUCGAGUGUAAGUUCCAGUAUUCAUAACCAUCCUAAUCCUAUUCCUUAUCAGAAUCAGCAGAGUUUACAGAAACAUUCCGUACAAUCGGUCUAUACCAACCGACCGUCUCAUCUCGCUCCGUUUAGUGUUUCUAAUCAUAUUGCGUCGAAUCAUAUGCAAAUAUCUUCAGCAAACCAACCGACUCCCACUCACAUGAGCCAUCCAAUAAACAGUCAUUCCAUUUUAAAUCAUUCAAACCAUUUACCAAUUCCUCCAAAUCCAUUAAUUUCUUCAACACCGAAUCACAUUGGACCACCAUUGUCUUUGGCGUCGACAACAAGUACAAUUUCGAGUUACACGUCGACAUUGAAGCAUCCUGGUCUUAGUUUACCGCCGCAUCCGCCUCUAGGUCCUCCAAUUUCUUUACAUCCUCCCAUAAAUCAUGUAGAAUCAUCGCCUGCCACAAGUUUGGCACCGGCAAUUAUACCCCCUGUGUCAAGUGGCAGUAGUCAUUCGUUGGCUCCUCCAGUGGUGGAUUCUAGGCAACCAAUUGUGUCUUCAGCGGAACUACCAGUGAGGUCGGAAGUGCCAGCUAUUAACGCGGCACUCUCUUCUAAUGGUUUUCCGCCUCCUGCGCCUUAUUCCAGUACAGCCUAUCCUCUCUAUGCUCCCUAUGCUUCCUCAUUACAUCAUAGCCCUUACCUGCCGCCAGCUGCAGCGUCUCCGAGAAAUACCGCCGAUACGCGGGCGAGUCUAGCGGCUUCACCACUCGUAGCGCCGAAAACGCCUAAAGGUGUGCGUCCUCAUACGCCAGGCUCCACUGGCGCCACUCACGCCCCGAUCUCAUACUCACCUCGCGGACACAGCCCCAAUAGGGAGAGGGAGAGCUUCAGCAGCAACAUCAGCAGCCUGUCGCGCAGCACGCCCGCGUCGGCGGCGAGCGCGCCGGUGUCGCUGGCGCCGCCGCUGGUCGCGCCGCUCGCGGCUCCUCUGUCUGGCAGUUUAAGUGGUCCUCUGGCUCCGCCACUGGUUCCUCCACUGGGUGCCCCCCUCGCGGCGCCCACGCCCACCCCAGCUGCGCCCACGCCCACGCACCUGUCGCACUCGCUUGCGCCCGUGCCCACGGUGCCCAGCAUCAGCUCCAGUGCCAAACCGCCCGCCCACUGGGGGGUAACCCGUGGCGCGGGAGAACGAGCGGGCGGGUUUGCGCCUGCGCCGCCUUUAUUCGGCGCUCCGCUGCCGCCCCCCAACCCCAAUCCCUUCUCUGCAGAAUCACUCUUUCAAACUAGUCCCGGCGCAGACCUGCUGCGGCGCGAGCUGGACAACCGGUUCCUGGCGGCGGCGGGCGCGGCGGGCGGCGUGCGCACGGAGAUGCACCACCACCAGCACCAGCACACGCACGUGCACCAGCACCCGCCGCACGCGCACCACCCGCACCAGCUCCGAGUGUUCAACGACGUAGGCAAGAUGUCUCCACUAUACCGCAGCGGGCUCGGGCUUGGAUACCCGUACUCUUCGAGUCUGCUUCACCCCACCGCGCCAUACGUACCUCCAGCGCCAAUCACUACAUAUGCGCCUAAGCCCGUAGUGUCAGCGGCGAGCGAGCCCGCUAAACUGCCGCCGCGCCCCGCCGUCGCGAAAACGGGGAAAUGGAACGCAAUGCACGUGCGCAUAGCGUGGGAGAUCUACAACCACCAGCAGAAGGAGAAGGGCGGCGUUGGGGGAGUGGGCGGCGUGGCGCCCGCGCUCGACAAGGACAAGCUGCGCGCAUUCCCCGCGCCCGCGCCGCCCCCCGCUUACCGCUCGCCCUACGACCUACCGCCCUACCUGCCUCACCAUCCGCCUAUAGGAGUAUCACCGUUCGGUCGGUACGGCGCCGGCGCGUUCCCCGGGGCGCCGGGCGCGUUCGGUCUGUCGGCGUACGGGCGCGAGCUGGCGCUGCCCGCGUCGCUGCACGGCGUGCACCACGCGCCGCCGCUGCCCGCGCUGCACGACGCCUGGCGCGUGCGCCCCGCCGGGCCCGCCGCGCCCGACGUGCGCCGCGACCUCGAGGAGCGCGAGCGCGCGCGCCGCGAGCGCGAGGAGCGGGAGCGCCGCGACCGCGAGGAGCGCGAGCGGCGCAAGGCGCGCGAGCAGCGGGAGCGGGAGCUCGAGCGAGCGCGCACUCGCUCGCCGCUGCGGAACGGCGCGCCGGAUGCGCACCCGCCCAAGGACGAGCGCAAGGAGCCGCCGCGCCACCCGCCGCCCGCCCUGUACGCGCCGCCGCCCUGGGACCCGUUCCGCGCCUACGACACGCUGCAGCACAUGCGGUUCGCGCCGCUGCUGGAGGCCACGAUCCGCGCGGAGGAGGACCGCGCCAAGAUGCUGAGCGCGUACGCGCACCACCAGCAGCUGAAGGCGGGCCCGCUGCUGCACCGGCCGCUGCCGCCGCACGGGCCGCUGCCGCCGCUGGGCGCGCACGGCCCGCUAGCGCCGCUGGCUCCGCUCGCUCCGCCGCUGGCGCCGCUGGCUCCGCUCGACCUGCUCAAGAAAGAAGAGCCGCGAUGAUGACGAUCCGGCGCGACCGCCGAUCCCCACUGUACAUAGAGUAGUGUAAACGACGUCGCGAGUGAGAAUACGACUAAUUUCAAGUAUAUCGUUUCGCAUUAUCGGUUUAGAAAAUUAUUUAUUGUAACGUCGCUUGUCCGACGGUCGCUAUCUCGCCGGCCGCCCGUCUCGCGUUUCUAGCGUAAUAUAGCGGUGCGGAGUCACCGAAGUGUGGUAGUGACCAAUAGGGCAGUACUCUCAGAAAGUGCAAUAUAGGGCGAGGACUAAGGGCGCUCGAGCCGGCCUGUACACUACUAUACUGCUUGUUUAUUUACAUGAAAAUAUCUAUGGAGUUGUUAUUUGACCAUUAUUAGUUAAUUAUACAUCAAAUCGCUGAUUAUGUGAAAGAUAGGAUUUUAUCUGAAUGCCUAUCUAUAUAAUUAUACAUAUUUAUAUAUACUUAUAAAUAAAAUGUAAAUAUUAGCAUGUAAAUUAGUGUUAAAAUAUAGAAUUGGUUUAUUUAACGUCAUACAAAGGAAAAAUCCCAUAAAUUAUUAUCGUAUCGGGAGUUAAUUUAUCUCCCGUUAAAAUCUCAUAAUGGUUUUUCGAUUGUACCAGUGGAGUUUAUUUAUUUAUACUCCUCAUAAGUUCCGUAACAGUACAGAAUUCUGUUAUAUCAGUUGAUAAAUAUUUGUUUAAUGCAUUUAAAAGUAUGUGAUAUUAUUGUAUUGUGAAAUACAUUUUGUCUGACUUCCAAGUAGUGUCUUGGAUAUACAUAAUUUAGAUCUACUUAUUAUCACAGUAAUGAUCAAGCAUGUGUAAAAAAAGGUAUAUUCAUUAAUCAUGAAAAAUAUUUUUGUGUUUCAUAAUGUUUGAAUUCUGGAAUUUGUUAAGAUCACACACGACAGGCACUGAAUUUGCAAUUAACAACUAGAGCACUAUAAAUCUCAUUCUGUGCCAUUGAUUCAACAUUAAUGGACAUUGAGUCAGACAAAUUGGAUUUAGUAUCUCUUUCAUAAGACACGGCAGAUAAUUCGUGUUCUUAUAAUCUCAAUAUGAGUGACUCAGAAGUGUAAAAUAGUUGAAAAAAUCAUUCUGUAUACUAAAAAGUAAAUGAAAGCUUGGUGCGAUUCAGAAAAUACCAUUAAAACUUUUGAUUUUUAUACCAAUAAGAUUUUUUAUGCCUAUCCCUUAGCUCAAUUUAUCAUUGAAAAUUAAGAAUUCAUUGAUAACUGGCUUUUACCCGCAGCUGCGCCCGUGCUAAUUAAGCCCCACCUAAUAAUAUACAGGUUUUUCGCAAAUCACACGGGAACUAGUUUUGAGCGGAAUGAAAAGUACUCUCGUCUUUCUCCAGACUCUUAAUUAUACAUACGCAAAAUUACCAAGAAGAUUCUUAUCAUUCCUUCAACCAAGCCACAAAUAUCUCACAAUAAUUAGGUACUGAAAAUCUCAAAAGUAUAUCAUUCCUUCCAUCAAGCCACAAAUAUCACACAAUAAUAAGGCACCUACUUUUAAAUCAAAAGAGCAGCCUGAGCAGU